AUGAGACUCCCACUCGUUGCCUCGACUCUCGGUCUUCUCUCCGGCGCAAGCUUAGUCGCAGCGCAGACAUAUACCAAUUGCAACCCACUGAAGAAGACGUGCCCCGUGGACCCCGCACUGGGGAAAUCGGCCAGCUAUGACUUCACUGAAGGGAGCUCGUCCGACUUCACGGCAACCGGUAGCCCGACAUAUGGUAGUGAUGGUGCCGAGUUCACCGUCGCUAAGCAAGGAGAUGCCCCGUUGAUCCAGUCGAACUGGUACAUCAUGUUUGGGCAUGUUGAGUAUGUGAUGAAGGCUGCUCCCGGAACAGGCAUUGUCAGCAGUGCUGUCUUGCAGUCGGACGAUCUGGACGAGAUAGACUGGGAGUGGCUUGGAGGGAACGACGAGCUCGUGCAAACCAACUACUUUGGCAAGGGUGACACCAGCACUUACAACCGUGGAGCUACCCACAACGACCCCGGGAAUCACGACGGCUUCCACACUUAUACUGUCGACUGGACGAGUAACCAAAUCGUCUGGCAGAUCGAUGGCACAACGGUUCGCGUGCUUACACCCGAGACUGCUGACUCCAACCAAUACCCCCAAACCCCAAUGGUAGUCAAAGUGGGAAUCUGGGCGGGAGGAGACCCUAGCAACCCACAGGGCACGAUUGGUGAACUGGGCCGGGGCGUGACCGAUUAUAGCGCGGGUCCCUACACGAUGUAUUUGAAGUCUCUCAAAGUGACCGACUACUCGACCGGUUCAUCAUAUUCAUACGACAAUGAGAGUGGGGACUGGACAUCAAUCACCGCCAACGGAGGCAAAGUUAAUGGAAACAUCGGCGCCGAUACCAUGACAUCGAUUCAGUCUGCCCCCACCGUGACCUCGACGGUUGCCAGCAUUCCUAUUCCUUGGAGUGGUACUCAUCGUGAGACAAACACCUUCACAACGCCGGAUGUUUGGCCCUGGGUUGCCACAGGAUCGUCGACAUCAAUCCCAUGGAGCUAUUCCGGCUCUGGCCAAGCCCAGCCGCCUAGCGCGGCUUCCACAGUCGCUAAAUCGAUCUCCGUAUCUAUAGUCUUUCUCCCGGUGUAUAUCAGCCUCCUCGCAAUCUCGGCCGGUUUUAUCCUCCCCUUCCGGCUCUAA